GCUAUCAGUUCCCAUCAUCCACUGCGGUUCCAACCGGGAAGGAGACGUGGCAGAGGAAAGUUGUCUCGAUUUUCCGAACAUUUCGGUGUUAAACUGCCACAAGAUGACGACUCUCAGGAAUCUCUGGCUCCUGGCCGUUCUAGCAGCUUGUUUAGACUCCAUAAGUGCGUAUUUCGUGAGCGUAGACGCGCACGCAGAGGAAUGUUUCUUCGACAAAGUGACGUCAGGUACCAAGAUGGGUCUGAUGUUCGAGGUUGCUGAGGGAGGGUUUCUGGACAUCGAUGUGAAGAUCACAGGCCCAGACAGCACAGUGAUCUACAGUGGUGAGAGGGAGUCCAACGGAAAGUACACGUUUGCUGCCCACAUGGACGGAGUGUACAAGUACUGUUUUAGCAACAAGAUGUCCACAAUGACGCCCAAGAUCGUCAUGUUCUCCAUGGACAUUGGUGAAGCACCCAAGGGACAAGACAUGGAGACAGAAGGUGAUAAUGACUGGACAGCACACCAAAACAAGCUGGAAGAGAUGAUCAAUGAGCUAGCCGUGGCCUUGACUGGAGUGAAGCAUGAGCAGGAGUACAUGGAGGUCAGGGAGAGGAUUCAUCGGGCCAUUAACGACAACACCAACUCCCGCGUGGUGCUGUGGUCCUUCUUCGAGGCGCUAGUACUCGUGGCCAUGACACUAGGACAGAUCUACUAUCUCAAACGCUUCUUCGAAGUCAGACGAGUUGUAUAAGAAGAUGCUGAGAAUAGGCCCAAUUUUUAUGCUGUAAAUUUUGAUUGAAGUACAAUGUGAUUCAACUAUAACAAAGCUGUUAGUUGAAUGUUAGUAUCAAACUGGGUACAAAAUAGUGCAGCUACUUGGUCUAAGUGAGAUAGAGUUAGGAAAUGCUGCUUGAGUAUAAAUAAAAUUCAUGCACUUAAAAGAAGAAGAAUCUAAGAGAUUUUUUGUUUCUUGCAAAAGCAGGAAUAUAGUUUUCAUUUUGAAAGUUUGUCAUUUGUAUAGGGAGCCCAGAUAGAAGGGAGACAUUUGUUUUCAGAUAUAGGCUUGUUGAUAUAGAUUUGCCACAGUUUUGUUGCAAAUCACAGGGAAGAAGUUAGGUGUCCAAAAUGACUCAAAUAAUAAGGCCAUUUGUUAGAGACAGUAUAUAUUGUUAGGUUAAAGACAAGUGCGUCCUGCUACAAUCAAUUCUUGUUAGAGAAGUUUGUCAAACUAGCAGCUAUGACAAAAGGUCCUAAAAUUACUUCCUCCAAAGAUUACUGGAUAUUUAUUUAUUCUUUUCAGUGAAAAGAACUUUUGAAGAAAAGUUGUCAUGAAGUUAUGUAGCAAAUUGGGGGAAUAAGCACUGUUUUGAACAGACAAGUGCCUUGCUUUGAUAAAGUUGGUCAUCUGGUAAUUCCUGAUCAUCUUUUUUUCCUUAUGGGCAUCUGAAAAUAAGUAUAGGUAACUGGUGAAUUCUUUUUAUGCAGCAGUAUACAGAAAAGAUACACUGAAGAUGUCCUUAAUUUGAUAAGGAUAACAAAAAAAGCAAACCAUAUCUCUAUGCUUUGAGCAUAGUAGGUUUCUGGCCAUACAGAAUACUAGUACUGUGAUGUAGCCUGACUUAUGUAGGAGUGACAUAUCUUUGGACAGUAGUUCACUGUGGCGGUUAUAAUGGUCUAGGUCGUGCCAUAUCAUGUAGUAUGUGUGAAAACACUGGUUACUUGAAAUCUAGAAAGAUUUUGGCAAUUAGGCAUCUCAAUUACUUCCUUGUUUAUAUGAUAUAAAAUGUAAACGCUCUAAAUGUAGCCAAAAUUGGAAGAUAGAAUUUUCUUGUCCAGUGUUAAACUGGAUUGUAGACCGAUGAUCUGGAUUUGAGGUGACCAGUGUUGUAAACAUGUGUUGUGGUGGUGGCAAUUUUCCAAGGUAUAAAGUGAUUUCAUUGGCAAUAAAAUUUUGGAACUUAAA